AUGAGUGAACGGAAUCAAUUGCGAAAGCGCAGGGCUUCUCCGGUUGAGAAUGACAGGUCUAAGACGGAGGCCAAGCAUGAGCCAACAAGAGAGCAUUCCUUGACAGACACGUCUAGAACAUGGCGCUUCUAUGUUCGCUGGUUUUCUCGAUUUGCGAUUGUGAUCGUGCUAAUACUCAGCAACGCCCGCCUAGUAACAAUUCCAAACCGAACAAGAGAACCGCAAUCAGAAACCACCGCGCUCCUCGUCAUCACGCAUUCGCGUUCUGAGUACCUUACGAAGUGCCUUGAAUCUAUUUUGAAAGCCCACCCACGUAACGGCGAGUGGCCAAUUAUUGUGUCAAUGGACCGGCAGGACGGCGAGGAUCACGUCGAAGUCGCAGACGUGGUUGAGAAAGCUUCACGCCAGGCGAAUGCACUCGGUAUAGGGCUUUACCCAUGGGUCCAUGCGUUAUCUUACGAGAACGACGUCGAAAAGGGUAAGGCCUUCGUUGACACUAUAGCCUACCGACGGAUAUCCAGACACUACGAAUGGGCACUAACACGAGUUUUUGGGCGAGGAAUCCGGGAGAAUGCGGCACUCCCGAGGGUAGUGAUUGUCGAAGACGACAUGCAAGUGGCAGCGGAUUUCUUCAGCUACUUCGACGCGUUGACGCCAUUGUUGGAGACAGACGAGACAUUGUUUUGCGUGUCGGCGUGGAACGACAACGGGAUACAAGCGCUGGCGCAGAAUGCGACGCAGCUGCACCGGACGGACUUUUUCCCCGGGCUGGGGUGGAUGCUCACGCGGGAGCUGUGGGAGGAGCUUGGGCCCAAGUGGCCCAAGAUGUUCUGGGAUGACUGGAUGCGCAGCACGGACCAGACGAAGGGGCGGCAAUGCAUCCGGCCGGAGAUGAGCCGGACGGCGAACUUUGGGGAGAAGGGCGUGUCGCAGUCGUUCCACUUCAAGAAGCACGUGUCGCAAGUGGCGCUCGCGGACGAGAAGGUGGACUUUUCGGGGCUCGACCUCGGGUACUUGGAGGCGGAGCGGUACCACGACUAUGUGUUCUCGCGCAUGUCGAAGGCGGUGUACCUCAAGUAUUCUAACUAUCUCACGACCAGGCCGCAGGACAGAGACGUGAUUGCGGUGUAUCACGAGGACUUUUUGGAGCCUAUCACGAAGCGCACCGGGGUUAUGGGCGACCAUCGCAACGGGAUGAAACGCACCAGCUAUAAGGGGAUGAUCAUUAUCCCUUGGAAUGGAAACUGGGCGUUCAUUGUGCAAAAGGGGUGGACACCGCCUGAAGGGUACCAGCUCGGAAGUGAGGUUUGUUGCUAG